GAAUACGUAAAGUGCUGUUUGUUGGUCUUCUUUGGACAUUUAUUCUUGUUCAGACUGCAAUCAAUCCUAAAGAUGUUGUUUUCUAUCAGUUGUUAGUAUUCGUGACAACACAAUACAGUAUGAACCUUCUCAUCAAGAUUCUUUCAAUAGUCUUUCCUAUUCUUUUCGUUACUGUUAAGUACUGUAUGUUUAUGAUUCAAGCUGACAGUGUGAAGAAAAUGUUGGAACGAAUGCAAGAUGAUUGGAGAUUAUUGAAGAAUAAAUUAGAAGUUGAUAUUAUAGAAACAUAUGCUUACAAUAUACAAUUUUCUUCAAUAGUUUCAAUAGUGAUUGUUGUUUUUUGCUCUUUCUUGCUCUUCAUACUUCAAUUUUUGCCAUUAAUUCUUGAUGUUAUAUUGCCAUUGAAUAAUCACGGCCUUUUCGAACUUUUAUAA